UUAUUAUUGUAAAUGAAAUAUCAAUAACCGAAAUGCAUUAUUCUUCAUUCAUGGUUAUGCUUGGGUUGAAAUUAUGCAGCUUGGAUACAAGUGAGUGAGGGAAACGACGUUCCUGUAACAGCACUUGUGAAAACAACUACAAGAUUAAAAUUUGUUGGUGCCAUUUUUGCUGAGUCUAAUUGUUGGUCUAUGCUUAAGGAUGGUCUCACAGCGGAUGAAUCAGGACCCGCUGAGCUCUAUUUUGAGGCUCCUUUCUGAAAGGAGGUUAUGCAAAUUAUCAGGAAUCACAGAUCAAAAUGGAUUCUUUGAGGCCAAUCUUUUUCAUGGAGACUAUGAAAUGGAAAUCAGUCACCCUGCUAUGAAGAGUUACACCUUCACACAACGCUUACAAGUGAUUCCAACAGAGGACUUCAAGGAAACAAAACAAUUUGUACAACUUCCUAUUAAGUAGUUACUUCUGCAUAUUAAACUUUUAGUUUAUAAUGAAAGCUAAAAUAUAUAAUGAAAAGUUGAAAGGCCAUUGCGUAUUGUUCUU